CAAUCUUUCUCGAGGUCUCGAGGGGUAUCGAAGUCAAAGUUACCGGCGAGCGCAUGCAGGUCGACAGAGUGCAACCAACUAGCGCACAGCGCCCUGGACGCUUUUGAGUAGAUUCCUGUGGAGAAGAGGUGAAAUCAACACUAAGCAAAGAGUGGUUAGAAAAUUGCUGAGAAGACUCAAGUUUCACAUUCUUCACUGACAUCUGGGGAGCCGAAAUAAUGGACCAAGCCAGGACAACGAUAUCUAAAAUAUUCAACGGGGAGCCACGUUCUUACACGCGUUUCAGCCUUACCCAAAACAUGGAGGGUGGAGACAGCCAGGUGGAGAUGAAACUCUCCCCAGAGGUGGAAGAGGAAGUGGGAACCAACGGGGUGGGGGAGCACCUCAACCACCAGAGAGAGUCGCCCUACAGACGAAAGCCUUCACGCACCCCCAAAAACAUCUGCUUUCUGAUCGCAGCCAUUCUACUCGUCUUUAUCAUUGGAUAUCUUAUUGGAUACCUUGUUCAUCGGAAGCAGGAUAAGGCCUCACCAACUUGUCAGACUGAUGAUCAGGCGGUAGCUCCACGUGUGGCUGAUGAUGAAGAAUUAAGUCAGACUGGAUAUGCACCUAAACAACUGGAUUGGGGCGAUGUUAAAAAACUGCUUGGAGACAAGCUGACAAUUAGCCAGAUAGAGGCCAGUCUGAGGGAGUUUGCCAGUAAUGAACACAGCGCUGGGUCUCCUGGUGACGAGGCACUGGCCAACAAAGUAAUGCAGAGGUUCAAGGACAACAACAUGAAGUGCUGGGCUGAUGAGCACUAUGUGACGCUGCAGGUUCCAUCUGGUUCCAACAGUGUCACGUUCCGUGGCCAGAACUUGGGUCCUGUACAAGGUUACCUGGCCUACAGUGCCAUUGGGUCUGCGCACGGUAGUGUUUUGUAUGCUUACUAUGGACGGGUGGAAGACUUUGAUGACCUGGAAGAUAGUGGCGUUGGUGUGAGUGGAAGGAUAGUCCUGGUCAGAGCUGGAUAUAUAAGUUUCGCUGAAAAGGUGGCUAAUGCUGCAAACAUGAAUGCAAGUGCUGUCCUGAUCUACCCUGAUCCAGCAGAUUAUACCAUUGGUGAAGGAACUCAUCUGUUUGGCCAUGUGCAUCUUGGUACAGGAGAUCCCUACACACCAGGCUUCCCCUCAUUCAACCACACUCAGUUCCCCCCUGCACGCUCGUCUGGCCUGCCCAACAUUCUAGCCCAGACCAUCACUGCAUCGAUGGCCAAAACUAUUAUGGGGAAGAUGGGGGGACGGACUGCUCCUCGCAGCUGGCGUGACGGUGCGCUGUCUGGAGUGCUGUACAAACUGGGAGAGGACAGCGAUCUUGCAUCUGUGGAAGUGAACAAUGCCCUGGUGAACACAAGGGUUCACAACGUGUUUGGUGUCAUUAAGGGUGUCACUGAUCCAGACCGCUACGUUGUGAUAGGAGCUCAGAGGGAUGCAUGGGGCCCUGGCUUUGCCAAAUCAACCGUGGGCACUGCUUUGUUGGUGGAAUUGGCCAAGGCCACCAGCAACAUGGUCAGAGAAGGCAGAUUCAUGCCCAGAAGAAGUUUGGUCUUUGCCAGCUGGUCUGCUGGUGAAUAUGGUAGUGUUGGCGCCACCGAGUGGUUGGAGGGCUAUUUGCCAUCUCUGAACAUGAAGGCUUACUCUUACAUCAGUCUGGAUGGAGUCGUAGCAGGCACUACUGAGAAAUUUAAAGCAAGUGCAAGCCCCUUGAUGAACGGUCUAAUUUUGGACACAAUGAAGGAGGUGAACACUGUUCAUGACCCUAAAAAAACAAUAUUCGCACAAGUGGGAGAGCCCAGAUGGGAGGGAGCAGUGCUGGAAUCUAUGGAGAUGUCAAAUCCUGCCUAUCCAUUCACAACCUUCUCUGGUAUUCCAUCGGUCUCCUUCCGGUUCAGUGGAGGCCAGGUCAAAGGGUACCCUUACUACGGUACCCUGCAGGACACUAGAGAAAACCUGAACUCGGCCACGUAUGGGAAAGUGGGACAGGUGGCCCUGGCUGCGGGGCAGGUGGCUGGUCAUAUGGCCUUGAGGCUCGUGCACGACCAUUUGCUCAGGUUGAGUGUUGAGUCUUACGAUCAGAUCAUUCGUAGAUACGUUAUCCAGAUCAACACCAGAGUCAACACACUGCUGCAGAAUGGCCGUCUCCCCGGCAACUUCACCCCACAGUGGCUCAUCUCUGCCAUGGGUUCCUAUGGGCGUGGCACCCGCAGUAUCAAGCGAGCCAUCGAGAAUAGUGACCUUGAGGACCCGGAGCGCUGUCGCAUGCUGAAUGACCGUCUGAUGCGGGUGGAGGCCAAUCUCCUGUCCCCAUAUGUCUCUCCCACAAACAGCCCAUUCCGCCAUAUCUUGCUUGGCUCGGGCCAGCACACGCUCAUGGCCCUUUCGGAGCACCUGGACGCCUUGAAGAGUAAAUCAGACCAGGGCGAGAUCGACCUGCUGCAGAACCAGUUUGCCCUGGCCACCUGGAUCGUCCAGAGCUGCGCCAACGCCCUGGCAGGGGAGGUGUGGGACAUGGACAACAAUAUUUAGACCCAAAAUCAGACAAGAAGGCUAGACCAAGCUGAUUACUUUAUUACGUUUUUUGUGAAAGAGGUCUAUUUCAUAUUCAGGUCCUAGCCCCUUUAAUCCAACAGAUCUCAAAUAGACCCUCAGUGUUACAGACAUGCUGGGAUUGUCUUUGAAUUGAAGAAUACAUUGGUGCUAAAAAGAAAAGACGGCCGUUAAAUGUUUAAUACACAGCAGUAUUUUCUGAAAUGCCAAGAAGAACAAUUAAGUAUUUUACACAAUAUAGUGCCAGCAUACAUAUGCCCUUGGUAUGUGUAUUCAUUGAAAACCAACAAGGUCACCUGAUUGCUUUAUUACAAUUUAAACUUGGCCUUAAAAGAGUUGUUACAGUAUAUUUUUUCCUUUUGGUGCUCAGAAUCCCUGGAUUGACUUUGAUAGUGGCUAUAUGGUGCUCUGAGGAAGAGGUUAAGCUGGAUCUUUCAGCUAUAUUUGCCUUACACAUAGCAGGGCUUCUAAAUUCAUUAAAAAAUAAUGCUCCUGCUUUUGUUUCUAUGAUGGCAUUGAAAUCUUAAGCACACUGCAGGAAGUGAUGGGGUCAUAAAAUCUAAUAGCUCGGCCAUUAUCUCUAUAUUCACCAUGGGGUAGACAUUCUACAUACAACACACUGAUAUAUCAUGUUUUUAGUAAUUUAUUUAUCAGUGACAGGGUUCACUAUAAAUAGUCUUUUUUACCUUAUAUAUAAUUAUCGGGAGCAGUGCCUUCCAUAAUUAUGACAGUUAUACUGUCAAACUGACAAAGCAGCAUCUGCUAUGGAAUUAUACAUUAUGUCAAUUAGUCACGACACCAAAAACUGCCAUGACACUUAGAAGACCCAACAUGCCACUUUUUGCAACUUCAGAUUCGCUCAGAUUUAUUCUUAUAACAUCUUGGUCUUCAGUUAUCUUUUUUCUUUAUUUGUGUAGUAACCAAUAUGGGGUCUAUAGAAGUGGCGGUUUUUGGUGAGAUGCCUUUUGGGAUAUGUAUAUUUCUGAUUGUAAACCUGAACCAUUAUCGGGAGCAGUGCCUUCCAUAAUGUGAAGAAGAAGGUAGUUUUUGCCUACCAGCUGAUUUAUAUCGAGGGCAGUGCCCCUCAUAUUUCACUGUAGGGUGGAUGUCAUUAUCGGGGACAGUGUUUCCCAUAAUCUUGAUUUUGUAUAUCCUGCAUCAAGUUGUCAUGUGGUUUGGCACUUACCACGGCUAUGCAAAAUCUUGUUGUUUUCUUUCUGUUUUGAAUUCUUCAGCCCAUGUAUUUUUCUCCUUCUUUUUUGGAAAGCGUGACAGGAAGAUCUGAUUACUUUUUGAGAUGACUUAAAGGUGCCGUAUGCAGCAUUUAGGGUGAUCUAUUAGCAAAAAUGGAAUGUAGUAUUUGUUUUCAUUGCUAUUUUAUCACUUGUAGCUACACAAUCCUCUGCUUUAUUAGUUGAGAAUGAGCCUUUAAUAUGGGAAUAGGUCAUCUUCCACAGAGCCCACCAUGUUGCAUUGCCAUGUUUUUAGUGUAGCCCAAAAUGGACAAACCAAAACAUUGGCGGAUGGGGCUUUUGUGUUUGGUUUUGUAAUCAGCCUUGCCACUAUGCCACUAAAUUCUUCAUACUGGACUUUAAGCUAAAUCAAGAGUGAAAGAGCCACCAUACUACAGAGUGGCUUAGGGCUUCAGUUGGUUUCAAGAUUAUUUUCAUACCUGUUAUUGUUUUUAACUUUUUUACUUAGUUUUUUUUUUGUCUCCACAUUUCUUCUUGAUGUACCUUGUUUGGUUGCCAUGUUUAUUUUCUGCUCUCCUUCCUUACACAUACAUAUCUUGAUUUUAAACUCUGAUACACUCACUUACCUGUCAUUAUAGGCUACUCCAAGUAUUCCAUGUUUUAGUCCCCACUCCUACCAAAGUAAUGAAACCCACAUUAUGACCAACCACAUAGUCAUAUUCAGAGCAUUAUCAUAAACAUUUUGAGUAUUUAAUUUCUUAUAGUCAGAGUGAUGGGUGCAACAGGCAUGAGUAGAUACAUCAGAAUCCUUAUUUCAGAGCAGACUGAACAUUUUGUGCAACUAUUUGACUGGAAAAAACAGAAUAAUUAAUGUUUGUAAUGAAACAAGCCAGUAAAUACAUUUGCAGGUGCUGAGAUUUAGAUUAGAUUUGAGAUGUUCUGUAUGAAAAACAAAAGCAUCAAUAUGUAAAUUCAAGAGAUGUUCAGAGCAUUGGGGAUGCAAUGAUGUAGAUUUCUACUUUUUCUUUAGGUCAAGAGAAUAAUCUAAAAAUACUGACAAGUUUUUUUAAUGAAACUAUAGCUCUGAGGUGGGUCAUUGACCAUGGAAUUGCAGAUUCAUGCAGAUAUUUGCCAUGGGAAAACAAUCAGAAGAUGCUGUGGCUGUUGAACACUCCACUACAUUUUGUAAACUUUGAAAGCUGUAGAACAUUAUAUUUUCCUUCAAUAAAGCUUUGCAUUGCGCUUAAA